AUGUCACCGUUGCGCUACGAAACGAAAAUCCUAACACAACGGCAUCUCGCGCGGCUGCUUGCGCUCAGCCUAGGCACCGCCGCGGCCGUCAACGCCGCUGCCGUGCCGGAGGUCGUCUUCUCUCCCAACGGCGACAGCUUCGGCUCGCGUGGCGCCGUCGCCAGCGAAGCGAGCGAAUGUAGCGCCAUAGGCAGGGACAUAAUCGCCGCCGGUGGCAACGCCGUCGACGCCAUCGUCGGCACCACCUUCUGCGUCGGCGUCGUCGGCAUGUACCACUCUGGCAUCGGCGGCGGCGGCUUCGCGCUGGUCCGUGACGCCGCCGGGAACUACGAGGCCGUCGACUUUCGCGAGACGGCCCCGGCGGCCGCCUACGAGGAUAUGUACGCCGAUGACGAGCAGCUCAGCGUCGCCGGCGGCCUAGCAGUCGGCGUGCCGGGCGAGGUCCUCGGCCUCGAGUAUAUCCAUCAAAAAUACGGGAUCCUCAAGUGGCGCGACAUCAUGCAGGGCGCCAUCCGUGUGGCACGCCAUGGCUUCAGAGUUUCGGACGAUAUGGUGGUCAAGAUGAACGCCACCAUCAAAGAUGGCAAGACAUAUCUGCUUGACGAUCCCAUCUUUGCAGCCGAGUUUGCCCCCCAUGGGCAGCUUUUGAGGAAAGGAGAGGUCAUGACCCGCAAGAACCUUGCCAACACGCUCGAGCGAAUCGCCAACGAAGGCUCCGACGCCUUUUACCACGGCGAGAUUGCCGAAAACCUCUCCCGUUUCGUGCAGUCGCGUAACGGCACCCUCACCGUCGCCGACCUAGCCUCCUACACCGUCACCGAGCGCCCCGUGCGCACCAUCCGCUACCGCGGCCUCGACGUCUACGGCAUGUCCGCGCCCGCCGGCGGUGCCGUCGCCCUGCAGGUCCUGCGCGUCCUCGAGCGCUACCCCGCCGCCGCCGCCGGCUUCCUCGACGCGCGCAACCGCAGCCUUACCGUCCACCGGCUCGCCGAGGUCUCGCGCUUCGCCUUUGCCCGCCGCGCGAGCCUCGGCGACCCGGAGUUCGUCGACGAGCGCGACGUCCUGGCCUACGAGCGCGACCUGCUCGCCGACUCCACGAUUGAUGCCAUCUUCGCGGCCAUCGACGACGACCGCACUAAGCAUCCGAGACAGUACUUCCCCAGUGAAGAGGAGGUGGUGGCGCUACCGGAGAGCCACGGUACGUCGCACAUCUCCGCGGCGGACGCCUCCGGCAUGGCCGUCUCGCUGACGACCACCAUCAACAUCAACUUUGGCGCGCAAAUCAUGGAACCCAACUCCGGCAUCAUCCUGAACGACGAGAUGAACGACUUCUCCAUCCCCGGCGUCAGCAACGAGUUCGGCUUCGCCCCGUCGCGCGCCAACUUUAUCCGCCCGCGCAAGCGCCCCCUAUCCUCCAUGACGCCGCUCAUCGCCGCCCUCCCCGACGGCGGCCCGCUGUACGCCGUCAUCGGCGCCGCCGGCGGGUCGCGCAUCGGCACCGCCACCGCGCAGUGCCUCUGGCACGUCGUCGAGCAUGGCAUGGCCCUGCGCGAGGCGCUCGCCGUCGGCCGCGUGCACGACCAGCUCGUGCCGAACCGCGUCACCCUCGAGGAGGCCUUUCCGGACUGGGAGGCGACGGCAGCGGACCUGCGCGCGCGCGGACACGAGGUCAGGAAGGUGGCGCCGGGGCUGAGCAGCGUGCAGGCUAUUCGCAGGCUCGAGGACGGCUCGUUCGAGGCCGUCGGCGAGCCGCGCCAGGCGAACAGCGCAGGGUACAGCAUCUAG